ACUUUCAACUCUCACUCUCACUCUCACUAUCACAAUCACACUCACUCCAUACAACUAUUACAAAAUUACACACUACUUUUAACAAACUACUAAAACUCCCAAUUCUCUUCAUUCACUCUGAUUAUUCCCCAGAAAAUAAAAUAAAAUUCAAACUCAUAAAAUCACAAACUUUAUAACUCCAAUUUUUAGAACAAAGAUGAAGACACUAAAGCCCAAUUUCACUCUCUCUCCAACUCCAACCCUCUCAAAAUCUUCAUCUUUUCAUUCAAAACCACCCCAAAAUUUAAGGAAAUGUUCCCAUUAUUUAAGGGUAUAUACCCUUAAUCCCAUUUCAUGUUCUUCUUCUAAUAAGGUAUCACCUCCUUCUGCUCGAACUUCAUCUUCUUCUUCGACUUCUUUACUGGUUUCUGGGGUGGGUCCCACAAGGUUUAAGGGUCAUUCUUGGAAUUCUGAGGUCAUGGAGGAAAACCUAGAAAAGGUUAUAUAUCGAUGUCGAUUUGUGACAUUUCUUGGAGUAUUUGGUUCCUUGAUUGGGUCAGUUCUUUGCUUCAUCAAGGGUUGUGGUAUUGUGGCAUCGUCUUUCUAUGAAUACUUUGCACAGAGUGGGAAGGUGAUUGUCUUGGUGAUUGAGGCCAUUGAUAUUUAUCUACUGGGAACAGUGAUGCUUAUCUUUGGAAUGGGUCUCUAUGAGCUCUUUGUGUCCAACCUUGACAUUGCAAAGUCACUGUCAGAAGCGAAGCAUCAGCAUCAGCAUCGAUCAAGUUUAUUUGGCUUAUUCCCUUUAAUGGAACGACCAAAAUGGCUGGUAAUUAAGUCAGUUAGCGAGCUGAAGACCAAGGUAGGACAUGUAAUUGUGAUGCUGCUCCUGAUAGGGUUGUUUGACAAUAGUAAGAAAGCAGCUAUCCACUCUCCUACUGAUUUACUUUGCUUCUCAGCUUCUGUUCUCCUUUGCUCUGGUUGCCUUUUUAUGCUCUCUAAGCUUAACGGCUCAAAAUAAAUUUGGUACAUGAUGUUGUAACUAUAGUAAGAAAAAUGGCAUAUUAGCAGCAUGCUUAUAGGAAAUGUUUUACCCCUAAAAGCUGUACUGUAAUCAUAUGUGUAUAUAUAUAGGCUGUUAUGGAAUGAGAUUAUAAUAAUUGAUCAGAUGACCCAGCAUAA